UUCGAGCUGCUCAGUUGGUGCGUGGCGUUGCGACAGUUUGUUAGUGGCUCAUUGCCUUCGCUGCUUUGCCGAAGACAUGAAUAAUUAAUGCACGGAAAUUGAAAUGGAUUCAACGUACGAACACACAUGCGGGAAUAAAUUGCUUGCUUCGUGAGUCGUGUCGUAGUGUGGGCAUGAAAAAGAAAAGGAAAAAAUUAUUCAUUAAUUGUUAAUAUGCAAACAAAGUGUUGAGCAAACGAGAAACUGUGAAAACUAAAAGAAAAUAACAAAUUUGUGUGCAAAAAAUAAAUAUUUCGCGUUGUGCGUAGCAGCAGCGGAAGAACUUAAGCGUAACAACAAAUAAAGUAGGCAGCGAGCAUUAGCUGAGCAACGAAAAACGUGUUCCGAGCUCAAGCGUAAGCGGGCUGGUGGCAGGCGGUGGCUGCGGCAGCAUAAGAUCAAUAAAAUUCAGCACCGGUGGAGGCAGCACGUCACAAGCGCAUACAAAUCUGCUUGAAGAAGCGCUCGACCGACGGGAAAUCGGAAGUCAUUAAACACUUAAACGAUUACGUCCCCAUUCCCCGCAGAAUGACUGCCGUCACUAUGGAUGUGAACAAAUUGCCACACUCGCAGGACGGCAUUGAGGUGCAGAUGGAUAGCUUAGAUUCGAGUCAUGCUUUCACGAACUCGCUCGAGGAGCCCAUUCCGCCCAAAUCCAACGUGUUCAAGUCGAAAAUUUUCAUUGUUGCCGUUACCUUUUCGAGUGUACUUUUUACCAUCAUGUGCAUUGGUUUUUUGGUACACUAUGAAAUGGCGAGUGAGGUCUAUGCUGGCGAAGACAUACCCUUCUGGAAUGUGCAGUUACCUCCGGAGCAACAAGUAUGGUAUGAGAAGGGCAUUGAGGAGCUAAAGAAUGCGUUGUCUCGUGAAAUCAAUCGGCGCCGCGCGAAGAAUGUUAUACUCUUCGUGGGCGAUGGCAUGGGUCCGAAUACAGUGACAGCGACACGUAUUUAUGGUUUCAAAGAGGAGGGUUUACUUAGUUGGGAGCGCUUUCCACACAUGGGUUUGCUAAAGACAUAUUGUGCCGACAAGCAGGUGCCUGAUUCGUUUUCUACCGCCACGGCGCUUUUUGGUGGUGUGAAGGUCAAUUAUGAAACGGGUGGUGUUGACUCGAGCGUCUUGCUUAAAAACUGCAGCGCUUCGCUGGAUGCUUCGCAUCAUGUGCAGACAAUACUAAAGUGGGCUCAGCUGGAUGGCAUGAAUACGGGCUUUGUGACGACGACGCGGGUAACACACGCAACGCCGGCUGCUUUGUACGCGCAUACACCCGAUCGCCGUUGGGAGUGUGAGGCUAAGAUGUCAGCGGAGGCGCAACAAGAGGGUUGCAAGGACAUAGCCAGGCAGUUGGUGGAGGAUGAAACGGGUCGAAAAAUAAAUGUAAUCAUGGGGGGCGGACGUCAAAUGUUAGUUUCCGGCGUGACGGACAACCCAGCCGAUCCGAUCGACACUUGGGGCUGCAUAUCAAAGGACGGACGCGAUUUAGUGACCGACUGGAAGACCUACAAACAACAGGCUGGUGAACGCUACGCAGUUGUGCAAAACAACGGUGAACUUAAUGCUUUGAACGGUGACUCCGUGGACUAUGUUUUGGGCAUUUUCGCAAAUGGACACUUGAAGUAUGACCACGAGCGCGAUCGCAGUGACGCGGGUAUGCCAUCGUUGCGGAAUAUGACUGUGAAAGCGUUGGAGGUGUUGAAGAGUAAAGACAAGGGAUUUCUGUUAGUAGUGGAGGGUGGCAUGAUUGAUCAAGCACAUCAUCGCGGUACAGCUAGACGUGCGCUCUCUGAGGCGCUGGCGCUGAAUGAAGCUGUCGAUGCAGCGGUGCAAGAGAUGAGUGACCAGCUGGACGAAACUUUGAUCAUCGUAACCGCUGAUCAUUCGCACAGCUUAACUAUAAACGGUCAUCCAGAAAGGGGAGCUGACAUACUCGGUGUUGCUUCAACCUCGAAGACGGAAGGCACACCUUAUACAACACUCACUUAUGGCACCAGCUAUAAAGGUUUCCAAGCCGAUGCUAAUGGUAAGCGCGUUGAUCCUACCACUCAGGACACCACCGCUUGGGAAUAUACACAACAGGCGGCUAUAAAUACCGAUGAAAAUUUGCAUGGUGGCUCCGACGUCACAAUACAUGCUAAAGGCGCCAUGGCCUACUUGUUCCACGGUGUACACGAACAAAGCUAUGUGGCACAUGUGAUUUCGUAUGCACUUCGUAUCGGUCGCUUUCGUGAUAGCACUAUUACAGAAUCGUUGGCGGAACUAAUGCCGUUAUAGUAUAAAAUUAAAUUGGCUUAAUUAUUGGGUGGUGCUGCACGUAUACAAAUUUAUAUCGACAUACAAAUAAAUCACGGUACAUGCACUAAUUAUUUCUAAAAUUUCGUUAACCUAUAGUUGAAACUUUAAUGCGAAAAUAGAAAAUUAAUUACGUUUAAGUGUGCGAGUUGUUCGUUAUAGCUAAGAAAAUUUGUAAACUAGAUUAAUCGAUUAUUUAUUAAUUGUGAUAUUGUAUGCCAUUGUUAUUUUAAGUUAAAACAGAAAUAAAAAUGACGGAAAUAUUAGAAAGGUAAAAUAAAAAUGUAAAA